CUAUGCCUAUGUGCCGGACAAUUAUAUUCGAUGGAAGUAAUGUGGCCAUUAACCAAAAUGAACAAUGCUCGUCAUUUAUGAAUCCUAUCUGCGAAAAAGAAAAAUCAUUCUGCAAGACAUCGAACAGUAGUCACACAUUAAAUCAUGAUUGGGUUAGAGUUGGUGGACAAGGGCUAUAUUACAAGUUAUCUCGCACUGAAUACACCUAUUGUCAUGCAAAAUAUCAAUGCCAAAACAAAAUGCGUGGUCAGUUAUUUGCUGGCGGAAACUACACUUAUAUGGGACUUUUGGGCAAAGAGCUUGGAAUAACAGGACGCAUGAAAGUCGAAUUUUGGUUAAACAGUCCAGGUGUGUCGUGUCCGUCGGGUAAGGAGGAGGGUAGUGUUAUGCAAUACAGUGGACCUUAUGUGCAUAUAGCAGCCAAUAAAAGUGCACAGUUUCAGUUUAUGAUGUUCUGCAUGAGUGAUAAACCGGGCACGACAACUCAAACACAGUCAAGUAUACAACAAACAUAUACGUCACCAAGAAGCACUACGCAGCAAACAUAUACGUCACCAAGUAGCACUACACAACAAACAUAUACGUCACCAAGAAGCACUGCGCAGCAAACAUAUACGUCAUCAAGUAGCACUACACAGCAAACAUAUACGUCAUCAAGUAGCACUACACAGCAAACAUAUACGUUAUCAAGUAGCACUACAAAGCCGACAUAUACGUCAUCAAGUAGCACUACAAAACAGACAUAUACCUCAUCAAGUAGCACUACAAAGCCAACAUAUACCUCAUCAAGUAGCACUACAAAGCCUUUAAUAAAUUUUAAAGCAAAAGUAAACACUCUUGCUCUAUCUAAAACUUCGGGAGAACCAGCCUGGCUUAAAGUUGGCAAGAAGAAAUACUUCAUCAAUUACAAUUGCAGCGUGUACAAGCAAACCAGCAGUUUCGUUAAUUACUUUAGGAUAUUUUCUAAUCCCGUUUCUAAAGCCAAUUCUUUCUGGAUAGGCGCAAACAUUAUAACAGACAAUGAACUGGAUGAGACAGAUGUCCACCUCAAACCGUACAAGUAUGAACCAGUUCAAUUCAAGAUGACAAAAGAGCACGUGCAAUCUAUGUGGAAGCACCUUAGACAACAAAGAAAGUCCAGUCCUGUAAGAGAUGGCAACGCAGGAGGAUAAUUAUUCAAAUAUAACUUCAAAUAAAACUUUGAUAUCGACAUUUGUUGAUCUAAACAUUGUUUAUCAAUUUUCUUAUAAUAUUGCAUUUUAUAAAGUUUUUUCUAAUAAGGACUUGCUAUACCAUGUGAUAGUUUAGAUAUCAGUCCAUCCAUACGUUUAUGCUCCUAGU